AUGCGCUUAAUCAAGAACAAAAUCGAGCAUGGCGGCUCCGGUGAAGUCACACUUUGCCCCGAAGAGCCUGAAGACAUGUGGCAUGCAUACAACCUGAUCCGCCCAGGUGAUCUUCUCCGCGCCAGCGCAAUCCGACGAGUCACAACCGUGCAAGAUACGGGCUCGACAUCCUCUGCCCGUGUGCACCUCAAUCUGGUCAUCAGAGUGAAAAACCUCGAUUUCGACCCACAAAGCUCUCAGCUGCACGUCUCCGGUCAGAUUAUCAAUGAGACCGCACAUACCAAGAUUGGGCAAUUCCACACCUUGGACCUCGAGCUCAAUCGCAACUUCACUCUCGAGAAGGAGGUUGGCGCGGACGGCGAGGGUGUCGGGUGGGACAGUGUCGCGGUCGAACAGCUCAAGGAUGCGGUCGACGAGGGAGGCAAGCGACGGGCCGAGGCUGUCGCGGUUGUGAUGCAGGAGGGACUGGCUCACAUUUGCUUUAUCGGACAAUUCCAAACGAUAAUGAAGCAAAAAGUGGAGAUGUCGGUACCGCGCAAGAGGCAAGGUGGUGGCGAUCAUGAUAAGGGAAUGAACAAAUUCUAUCGUGUAACCCUUGAGACACUCCUACGCCAGAUGGACUUUAAUACAAGCAUAACAUCUGGGACAAAUACCGACGGCGUGCGACCGGUUCUACUCGCGUCCCCCGGCUUUGUAGCAGCGGGCUUUCACAAAUACAUUCAAUCUGAAGCGGCCACCACGACACCCGGAUUAAAGCGCCUCCUCCCCAGCAUUGUGGUUGUGCAUUCGGCGUCGGGAUAUCUCAACUCUCUAUCAGAAGUUCUCCAGUCGCCUGCCGUCAAGACGCUUCUCGCAGAUACCAAGUAUGCCCGAGAGACCAAGCUCAUGGAUGACUUCCUGGAUCAACUACGUAAGGAGACAAACAAAGCCACCUACGGUCCACGAGAGGUCGAGUCGGCAGUCGACCAAGGCGCCGUGGGUCGUGGUGGUGGUGUUCUCCUCGUCUCGAAUAAGUUGUUCCGGUCGCAAGACGUCGCGGAGCGGAAACGAUGGGUCUCUUUGGUAGAUCGAGUGCGAGACGUCGAGGGCGGCGAGGUGCGAGUGCUGAGUUCCGAUCACGAGAGUGGGAAACGCCUCGAGGGUCUUGGAGGCAUUGCCGCGCUUCUCACCUUUCCCGUCGUGGAUGAGGAUCUGGACUCGGAUGCUGAAAAUUGA